UCAUAACGGUUCAAAGUUUAACAAGUACAGCUACGGUGUGAAUAGUUAGGAAAUUAUAAUACUUGAAUGUACGGAUUCAUUUACAGUAGUUUGUACCUGCCUGGUUAGUGGUUCGCGGAUGGAAACUGCGGCUAAAGAUGAAUGUUGGUGUUGCUCACAGUGAGGUGAACCCCAACACACGGGUGAUGAACAGCAGGGGAAUAUGGCUCACCUAUCUUUUACUGACCGUGGUUCUGCACAUUGUUCUGCUCAGCAUCCCUUUCUUCUCGGUGCCGCUCGUCUGGACCCUCACCAACGUCAUCCACAAUCUGGCGAUGUACCUGUUCCUGCACACAGUGAAGGGCACUCCCUUCGAAACUCCAGACCAGGGCAAAGCUCGCCUGCUCACGCACUGGGAACAGAUGGACUACGGCGUCCAGUUCACUUCUUCACGCAAGUUCCUCACCAUCUCACCAAUUGUUCUGCACAUUCUUGCCAGUUUCUACACGAAAUACGAUGCAACGCAUUUUUUAAUCAACACAUGCUCCCUGAUGACCGUCUUAAUCCCAAAGCUGCCGCAGCUUCACGGAGUACGGAUAUUUGGCAUCAACAAGUACUGACGCACCCCAAAACUGGGGCUUUAUCCACAAAAACUGGACUUAUGGUUGUUCUGCUCCUGCUGAACUGUUUUCUGAGUAACAGUAAAAACUGAGGAGUGCCCUGAACGCCUGGAGAAACUGAAUGCACUGUUUUAUCAAAGUGCUUCUCAUACGAAAACAAGAUCCGUUGCUUGUGUUUUUGAAGGUUAAAAAUGCACUGGUUUUAUUUUGUGAUGUUUGUUCACCUUUUUUCUUUUUUUUUUUUUUUUUUGCACUGGCUGCAACUGUGUAAAGCUGAGUUUAUUUGCCAUAAUUAUAAACCAAUCAGUUUUUUCUACCUAACCCAGCAUGCAUUUACAUGCCUACAAUAAAUAUUUUACCGUGAUAUAAAAGUGGGCAUCAUUUUAGAAACCUGCCAGCUCUAAAAAUAGGAUAGGAGUUUGUAGAAUCCACUUGGUUCAGGAUUUCACAAACUCAAAUUUGAGACUUUUUAAGACUAUUCUGAAUGUAAUUUAAGACCUGCAGCACAGCAGAAAUGUACAAAAGAAAACUGCAAAUAAAUAAGUUGUACCAGUUGGCAACAGAAGUGAGCCAAUGGUGAAGACGAACAUCAUCCAGUCAACUGUAAAAAUAAAUACAUUUCUACUUGCCCAUAGUGGAUGUAAAAAAGCUAGCUAGCUCGUUAGCAGCUAGCUAUUAGCUACUUAUGGUUGCUACUUAUUAGCAAUCGCUUUGCAUCAUCCUAAUCCAAUGAAGAUGUCUGUGCACAUCUCAGUUUGUGUAGCAGUAAUAUCCUGCAAGAAAAAGGAAAACUACAUUGAAUGAGAUUAAAUACUAAUGCCACAAAAAAUUAAGACCUGCAAUUAACAUAUUUAAGGCCAACUUAUUGUUUUUCAAUCAAUUUAAGACAUUUUAAGGUCUUCAGUUUAUACUAAUAAAUUUAAGAGAAUCCUCUUCAUGCUGUUAGAUGACAUUCAAUCAUUUAAUCUUCCUUUGGGAUAAAUAUAUUAUUUUCGGGGUUUAUGCAGGUGUCACCAACUCAAAUUUAAGACUUUUUUUUUUUGACCAUGUGAAUAAAAUUUAAGCCCUAUAUUACAAGAGAUGGACAAAGCAAAUGAAGGGGACUAAAGUUAAAAUUUCUGGUGUCAUUUUGUGGCAGUAGCGUUUUUCACAUGGCAUAUGGCUUUCUUGCUAGAUAGCAAUAGCAUCUUGUUACCAUUAGCCUUAACAGCUUUGAGUUAUAGAACGCAGUGAGUGAAGAUGUCAGAUAAAAGGUCUUGUAAGAAAAAUCUAGAAUAUAUUACAUUAAUUAGUCCUGCCGCAAACAAAAUUUAAGACCUGUGAUUAAUGUUUUUCAUUAAUGUUUAAUGAAUAAAGGCAUUUUAAUGCCUUUAUUUUAUAUUCAUAAAUUUAAGAAAAUCAUCUUCACACUCUCAAAUGACCUUAAAUCGUUUAAUCUCAAAUUUAAGAAUUGUCAGGACCUUUAGUGAUAAAGGUCCUGACGAGCAAUGUUAAAAAAAAAGGAGGGUGGGGGAACCAAAACUAAAACUUCUCACAUGGCCUCAUGCUAUGUGAAAAUAUGUCCAGGUUACAUCUUCUCUCAUCAUCAGUGAGUGAAGAUGUCUGCAAAAGUCCCGUAAGAAAAGCAGAGAAUAUAUAACAUUAAUUACUCCUGCCACAACAAAAUGUAAGACCUGUGAUUAAUGUUUUUAAAGCUAACUUGUUGUUUUUCAAUAACUUAAAGACAUUUUAAGGCCUUAAUUUUAGGUACAUUAAUUUAAGACUUUUUAAGGAUCCCAUUGGCCCCACAUAGGCCAGUUUUCAAGCUGUGGGGAAGUCCAGACACUUUACAUGAGGAGGCUGUGACAGUUUUCUCCAUAUGCUCGUAUAUCCAAGGGGUUCCCCCCCUUCCACAUUCAAUAGAGUCCUGUUUGCGUUGGAACGAGGGUUUCCCUGUUUGUAAUGCAUGUUUCGGGGAAGUAGUUCAAAGGAAACACAGCGGGGUGUGAAUGUUGCCUAGGUUGAUCUGAGCCUGGGAAAUACAUGCAAAUGUUGCUCGCUGGAUCAGCUGUUUUAAACCUGUUGAGUAAUUGUUUGUAAGCAUUUCCAGCGGUGUGGAUCGCUGCGUGGACACGAGCAAAUUGUAAAGAAACCUGCGGUGGGAUUCUCGCUGCUGCUGCCUUUAAAUGUCACACUGCCCCCAAGAUGUCACUGAAACUAGAGUGGGAGGGUAAAAGAGAAAGGAUAGACGUUAGGUUUUCUUUUUCAAACGUAGAUUGUGCUUGAUGAAAGAUAACAUUAUCUGCUCUGGAAAGCUGUUUUUCUUUUUUAAAUGUAUUCCUGGCUCAACUUCUGCUUUGAAUUUAACAUCAGUCAUAAUGUCAGCUUAUGAGCAACAGAUUUAAUAAGUUUCAGUGCACAGUGAGUCGUUUGUGUAAAGUUUUGAACUGACGUGGAAAGACAAAUAUGAAAAAGGUCAGAAAUUUCUUCUGAUUUAUCUUUGAUCUUGUUUUGCAGAUUAUCAAGCAAACUUUUUUUUAAUGUGGUAAAAACAUGAGUUUUACUGCUAUACUGAGACAAUUAGAUUCAUUUACAGUCAGAAGUUUACAUGGACUUUACACACAUUUCAUUUAUUUGGGGCUUUGAGGCAUUUUGAACAAAGUGUUUGUAGUGACUUUGCACCACAUAUUUAUGGAUCAAUGACAAUAAAAUCAAGAGCUGGAUGCUAAGAAUUAAAUU